AUGUGGGAGAAAGAUGCAGGGGAGCAGCUGAAAAUCUGUGUGUAUCAAGGAGAUGAGUGCGGCGAUGUCACAGCAGCUGUAGUCUCGUCCUGUUUGGGUGCAUACGGCGGCUUUAUCCUCGCCUGGAGCUUUCCUCCGGAGCUAGCAGCGAGGCUAGCUGCUGCUACACCGAGCCGAGGUGUGAGAAACACUGCACUUUGGUGCAUCAUUCUCUGCAGGCUGUUCGUCAAAGUCAUUCAAGCUGUACUCUCCUAA